GAAUUCGUGUUCAUUCAGUCUGUUUAGUGUCAAUUCGGUGUUGUUUGUUAUGUUCUUUCUUCUGUUACUUCUAUGGAUUUUUUAGUUGUGUAUUGUGGUGACUAUGUUAGCUAAAGUUCGUACCUUUGAAAAUUGUUGAUGGUGGUGUUUCUUUUGUGCAUGUGGGCCUUGGCCCUUGGAUAUUGAGUCAGACGCUUGAAUUUCCAAUGUUUGGAGUUUUGCUGUGUUUGACAGUAUUGUACUGAACCAAAACAUAUCCAAAUGCAUGUGUAGAUCAUUUGUUUGGAUUGAUUUAAUGCAAAAAUUUAUUGUUAGUGUGUGACCAAUCAGAGUGUCAUGAGCCCUCAAUUCAUGGACAUUAGUUUUAGAUUAAUCUUGCAGAAUAGUCCACUGAGGAGCAAAUGUCCUCAUCCAAGUAUGAGUAUCCUACCAAUCUGAGAUUCUUAUAUUCUGCAAAAAUGUUCAGUGAAAAUGUAGAUCUUUUGGCACUAAUGCAAUCUGGAAGCCGAAGGGUGGUUCAAAUAUCAGCAGGAUUCAUACUUUUCUUUGUUGUGUUUGAAAAUUUUGGGGUUGUUCUACCAUCUAUUCCAUUGCCGAUCUUUGGAGCUCUGUACUGCAUCUUGUUUGCUUACAUGACUUCUGCUAGUCUUGGUUUACUUCAAUUCUGCAACCUCAACAAGCUCAGAACAAAGUUCAUAGUAGGUUAUUCAAUCUUCUUGAGCCUGUCAGUCACACAAUACUUCUAUGUCUACAUAGUAACUUCCGGACGUGGUCCUGUUCACACUCACGCACAUUGGGAGGCAUUUUUGGGAGAAGUUCAGGGCUUUUGAUAAGGACCCCAUGAGCAGAGAAUUCUAUUCCCUACCUUCAGGCUUCCUCAGGUCAAUCUCCCUCUCUCUAUAUCAUCUUAGCAAAUGGGCUGAAAAGAUUGGACGGGUUUGACCAUUGCACUUGACACCUAAUUAGAACUCAUUCUUUGUAAUCCUGCUUACAAAUUGACAAACUGCACCAGCUCUUCCUUGAGGGCCGUUUGUACAGAAAUGAGCAUCGUAUUAGAUUAUACAGCUAGAGAGACCUUAUAACUGAUAUUCAAUUGAAUCUUUUUUUCCCAAAUGAAAUACAUUUAAGAUAUUUAGGCAUAUACAAAUCAUGUGGAAAGUAAUUCAUUUAUGUUCAAUACACCUUCAAUUUUCAGUUCCAGCUGCAAGGGCUUGUGUGUGUGUGACCUGCUGAUGCAGGUUUGUGACUGAAAUGUAGAUGUUAGUGUGGGUUGGCUGAAAUACAGGUCUUAGUGUGGUGCAAGUGUGUCAGUUGUGUGCAGGUUAUUGUGUCACCUGCUUGUGCAGGUUUUUUAGUGAAAUACAGGUGUUAAUGGAGGUUGUGCCUUGGCAAGGGUGUGUGUGGGUUGAGGAAUCAGCCUUGUAUCCUCAUACUUUGAUGCAUUUCCACAUAGUGCCAUAUGUUGUUGGCCAUGAGCCAGAAUAAAAAAUUAUAUUAGUUUCCUUCCAAUUUUCAGCUCUUUUUUUUUUUUUUUUUUUAUGUGUAUGUUGGUCUGGAUUAAUAGUUGAUAUCAUAGUUAUAGUCAUGGAGUAGCUCAUCAUCUAUUCUGCUCCUUUGGUAAUAAUUGGGCUUCCAAGUAGCUCGAAGCUCGGCUCAUUUAGCAAUCGAGUCGAGCCGAGUUCGAGAACAAUUCUGAAGUUCAUUUAGGGAACAAGUCGAGCUCAACAGUCAACACCUUAAAGCUCGGCUCGGCUCAAUUAGGCUCAUGUUAUUUGCAUAGGAUCAACUUGUAUAUAGAGAGUCGUUUACUAUAUGAGCAGAGCCCUGCUCAUUUGUAAAGGAGCCAAGAUCAAGCUCAAGUUUUAGGCUAGUUUAGUAAACAAGUCGAGCUCAAACGCAACAAAGCUCGGCUCGUCUUGUUUGCAACCAUACUUUCAAUCCACUUGUUAUCCACAAUCAUAACAUGACAUGGACAGAAUUGUACUCAAUAGUAAAGCUGAUAAAUAAACUGAAGCGGCUGAAGUUUCAACGUGUUAAAAUCUCGUUCUAGAUCAGUUAUUACUUAUCCACUUAAACUUGAAUAUUUUUCUGCAGCUCAUUAAGCUUUCAAACCAAACUUCAACAAAUUCUAGUGAGAUCUUUCGGUUUCUAAUGUUAAAAAAUUGAAAACUACCUAAAUCGGUUCGAAACUUCACCAUUACCCAUUACAAGCAUAACAAAACCCAAAUAAGGCAUAAUCAAGGAAUAUCCAAAAAAACAAUCAAGACAUAAUCAAACCCAACCAAGGCAUAACAAACAAGUUAUGUCUUGAUAUGGUUCUAUUAUAUUUGUAUUGAGUUUUGGUUAUACUCAUAAUGAUUUUGUUAUGCUAAAAGUUACGAUGUUCCCGAAAUGACGAGGGACACCGAAGUCAUACCCUUUUGUAAUCUCUUCUCUGUCACUACGUUAGUACGUACAGCUUUUUUUUUCCCUAGGGCCAUUAUUCAUUUUCAGCCCAAACCGUUUCAAAUCGAGAAAACUACCAAAUGAAAUUGGAAAAAUAACGGCCCAUGCCUCUGUCCACAUCCGUGGCCAUGUGCUCACUGCUCAAUAAAGAGAGUAAUAUCGUUAGUCAUAUAAUCCUUCAAAAUAGCCUUCGCUUCCGUUCUCAAUCCUCGCUCUCCGCUCGCACUCACAAAUUCUAGUUGUUUUGGAGGUUUUUGAAAGACGCUUUCAUGCUGGCACUCCUGCGUUGGCACCCACAUUAUAUCCAUCCAAGGAAAUAGAGGUCUGGAGUUUCCCACCAAAUCUCACCAAAACCAUUUCUCACCAAACCAUUUAUGGGCAAAUAGCAAUUAUGCUCCUAAGAUCCCUUUGGUUAGGUUGUUCAUGCAUUGCGUGUGUAACGCAGGAAUCAAGGUCAGCAAAGUUGCGUACCCCAUUCCCUUGUUCAGUUCAGCUCUUUCCAUCGAACAAAUCAAUGUGCUAAUUCACAACAUUCUCAUUGCUGAAGUUACUAUGAGUAUGUUACAUGGACACGGGUACGUGAAUCGGGUGCGGGUACAUAUCUAAGAGUCAGACAUCUCAAAGUUGAAAAUAGAGGAUUCGGGAUAUGUAUCCGAAUUUGGAUACGGGUGCGGGGAUUCGUCAAAUUUAUUUUUUAUAAUUAAAAUUUUAUAUGGUUGUGUUUGGUUGAGAGUUUAGUUUAAUUUAGUUUUGGUAGUGGGUGGAGAGAGAAAUAGAGUAAUGAUUGAAGAUAGGGGUAAUGAUUGGAGAGAGAUAGAGAGAGAUGUGAAAGUAAUAAUUGGAAAAAUAGGGUAAUGAUUGGAGAAAGAAGUAAGGUAAUGAUUGGAAAACAAAACUAAAAUGGCAAACGAACAAAGCCAAUGGCUUAUUUGUUUCUGUUUACCUCUUCUUCCUCUUCUUCUCCCUUAUUUUUUAAAAUUUAAUAUGUAAAAUAAAGAUAAUUUAUGUAAUUUAUCUAACUUUAAGUAUAUGGAUUAUUUGUUUUGUGACAAAAUGAUAGUAAUAAAAGCCCAUAAAAAUUUAUGAAACCUACUUUAAUUGUCCAAAUGUACAAGCCCACAGUAGCCCAAAAAGAGGCAGUAGCCCAGCAA